AUGUUUGUAGAGAGCCGUUCAACGUGCGGCGGUGGCGGUGGCGCGGAGGGGUCUGAGGGGCGCGCGUCGUGGCGCGUCACGUUGGACCACGACCUCGUGGAGACCUUGAGCGCCAUCUACCCCGAGUGGUUCAAGCAGCCGCGGAGGGAGCGCUCCUCGCCCCUCUCGCCGGCCUCGCCCUGCACACCCCCUGAAGACGACACCUUCAGUUCGGGCGCGGAGGAGAUGGCAGGUCGUCAAGCCUCUAACAGCGGUACGAGCGAGCCUAGCUCGCCGCCGCGUCUCUCCCCGCCCAAGGUUGUAGUCGACGACAGCCCGCUACAACCAGCCAUGGACAAACAUAAAGAAUCGCUUAAAGUGAAGCUGAUGAAUCGCCGCUCCUUCAAUCAGCUGGUGCAGCAGGGUAUCAUGCCACCGUUAAAAACACCGCCGGCGUAUUUUGAAAGAAGGAAGCAAUUAGAGAGAGCUAAGACGGGCGAUUUCCUUAAAUCCAAGAUUCAAAGUAGACCAGACCGGCAGGAACUGGAGCGUAGACAUAUCUUAGAACAGGAAAGUCACGUAGAUCCAAGUUUGGCGGAAAAGCAGCGAAUGUUAAAAAAGGCGCGGCUGGCCGAUCAAUUGAAUAAUCAAAUAUCACACCGACCGGGGCCGUUGGAGCUGAUCAAGAAGAACAUUCUACACACGGAGGAGAAUAUUGAAACUGCCGUCAAAAGUGGCAUUCUCCCGUUCAAGGCCACCAGUGAGGGUGCGUCCGGCCGGCCCCAGCUGCCCUCGUCCUACUAUGGCCCACCGGAGGAGGUGUCUCCUUCACCCUCCCCGCCCUCUACACUAUCACCUGUGAGCAUCACGCUCGCCAGCGAGACCACGCCGCAACAACACGCGGCGCCCGGAAAGGAACCUAAGAAAAGGAAACCAAAAUUGAAGCAACAAAUAAAACCAAGAUACAAAUUCCAUGAAUACAAAGGUCCCACUAACGCCCAGACUGCGCCCUCACCCUCCGGCUCUAUGGAGACUCCGUACGAGCUUCUUUUGCAGCAGCAGCAGUUGCUGUUGCAGCUAAUGCUGCCCGCCUCCCCGGCGCCGUCCUCGGCGUCCAUAGCGUCGGACUCGUCGGACGCCCUGCCACCGCCGCCGCCGCCCCUGCCCGCCUCUACGUCUCUGGUAGCUGCGCGCUUUGAAGAAAUGAAAGUGUCCGACCUCAGAGCCGAGUGCAAGAGGAGAAACUUGCGGGUAUCCGGACCUAAGCCGCAGCUGAUAGACCGCCUUCAAAACUUCCACAGGGAGAUGCAGGAGGAGACUCCUCGCUCCCCGGCCUCAGUCGCGUCGCCCGAGUCGAGGGCCGAGUCCGAGCCUUCGGAGGACAUCGUGCAGUCACAGCGGAGACUCAUAGAAGAGUUGGAGAGACAGUUGGAGGAGUCGCGACAGCAGCUGGAGGCGGUGCGGCGGGAGGCGGCGGGCGCGGCGGCCAGUGAUCACAGCCGGCGCUUGCUCCACGCGUACGUGUGCGUCACCAAGCUGCGAGCCAAGCUUGACGCGCUGCAGCAGCCGGCCCCCGCGCCCGCGCCCCCCGCCCCGCGGUACGUGCUCGCAGCGCCCGACAACACACAGGACCGUCUCGUGUUCACGGUCACGUCCCCGUCUUCCAAUGAAACCUCUGACGUCACACCUACGAAACCUGUAAAUCCGGCGUACAUCUUGAACGGCGUCAAAGUGGUCCCGAUAGCCAUCCUCCCCACUGCACACUAUGAACCCGAGCGCGCCGUCCCCCCACCACCGCCGCCGCCGCCACCGUUACCACCUUUGACUCAGCAGACUACCACCACCCUGCACGAUAACGCCGAGGACAGUCAAAUUAUGAAUGAUGUUUUAGAAAUUCUUGUCGAAAAUGGUGAGUUACCGCCGUCAGCCGUCGGCGAUGUGUCCUCGAACAGAUCUAUCGACACCGGCUACCUUACGGCCGGCUCGGGUGACUACACGCCCACGGAUGUACUCAGCGACGAUAUUCUAGGAGAUUCGCACGUCCGAGAUUCGCUAACAGCGGACGAAUUGCAGAGAGAACUCAACGACAUCAUGAGCCACACAGAUUUAAACUCCAUAAGUAACAGGUGCGACAUAGACCCCACGGUAGGCGACAUAGACUCGGAUCUGAACGUGGACCAGCUGGCUAACAACGAGUUCAACGCCAACUUCUGUAACUCGGACUCCAUAUCCAGCCACCACGACGACUUCCUGUCCGUGUUCCCCUCACACGCCAUGGACAUCGACGACGACGUGCCCGAGAGGAUGUCCAUGACGCCGCUCACCAACGGAGACAUGCUGGACCACACGCGCACCGGCUUCGGGGACAUGAGCGACCUAACGCUGCCCUGCUUUAACGACGAGCGGCCCUGCGUGUUCGACUUCAACGAGUACGAGCUGGGCUCCAACAUGAACGUGGACGACCCUUACGACUAUAUGAGCACGGAGCUCAUACCCAACGUGUUCGGCAGAGGACACGUGCCGCAGUCGGACCCCGUGCUGGGGGGCGUGCUGCGACCCUCGGCCCCCCGCCCGGCCAGCAAGCACUACUCCUGGGACAAGAUCGAGUACGACGCCACUUGA